GUGAGCCAGGAGUUCACGCUGAAGGGCUCAACUCCGUCCGGAAAGCCCAGGCUGUUUGUCUGCGCUACCUGCACCCGUGCCUUUGCCCGCCAGGAGCACUUGAAAAGACACGAACGCUCCCACACAAAGGAAAAGCCUUUCACCUGCAACAUCUGCUCUCGGAAGUUCAGCAGGAGGGACCUCCUACUGAGGCACUCGACGAAAUUGCACGCCGGAGCCGCCGAUGUCAUUCCAAGACUGAGAAAGCGCUCCAUGAAACACAUGAAAAAGGAGGAGUUGGAACAGCUGCAGCGAGAGCAAGACGCCGACAUCGACAACCACCACGACCCAAACAACAAAAGAACAAAGGCAAACUCCUUGUCCACUGCAACCGCCUCCACCCUAAUAUCCGCAGCCUCUGUACUAACGGGCAUCACCUCCAACGCUUCCAACGCUUCUUCAAACGCCGUCAACAAUAACCCAAUUCAUCUGAAUGAUAGUGAUAGCAAUUUUGAUCGCUUCAACGAGCUGCAAUCAAAUGCCUACAACUAUUACCGUCGUGCCUCUUUUUCUGCCAUGAGCGGUGUAAACUACGCUUUAACAAACCCUGAACCGUACGCAAGUGAGACUGUGGAAUUUUCCACUCCUCAAUUCAACAGUUUGGAAGAUGAACAAGAAAAAUGGCUUAAUUCCUUCUCUGACAAUAAUGAUAUAAAUGGAAUUGAAAAAGACCAGUCUAUUCCAAGCUCUUUGACCGAAAUCGAGCAAUUGAAUAAUUUCAUCAACAGUAGAAUUCAAAAACGAGAACAGCAACAAAAUGAUAGACUGGUGAAAUUUUCUGAUCAACCACAACAGCCAAUUCAAAGUGGUACUCAUCAUCAGCAAUUGAAGCAAACAUCUGCCAUUCGGCAUAGCAUAUUGAACGCUACUGAUGGGAAUUACCCAAAAAAUGCAAAUGAUACUGAGAAACUGAACCUGAAUUCCGAUUUUUUCGACAAUUUUUUGGAUGAUAAUGAUAGUGGUGUUCUGGAAGGUGUUACUAAAAAGGUACUUUCAUGGCAAGAGACCUUGUUCAACCAACCAAUCACGGAUUUAGAAAAGCUGAACGAAAUGCACAUUGGAAAAGCUUAUGGAGUUCCUCAAGGAUACUCAUUCUAUGGUGGCGAUGAAGCUGGUCCAAUGAAUAGAUCAAAUAGUAACGGCUUAUUAGGCACAUACAAUGACGGAAGUUUGAGCAGUGAUGCUACAAUAUCACCUGUCUUACUGGAACCAUCCUGCUCUGUUGGUCAUAUAGAAGGAGAUGACGAAGUCAAUAAACAUAACAAAAUUCCCCGUACCCACCAUUCUCAUCAUCGCCAUUUGACUUUCGAAGAGGAAUUUAGUGAAGCUACCUUAUCUUCAUGUUCUCAAGCGUUCUUAUUCACAAACAAUAUUGCAAGAUUGGUCAACAAAGGUUUAUCCGACUACCCAUUUUUUGGAACUCCAACUCCGGAGUUAUUACAAAAUGAUGUAUUAAACUUAUAUGUCGAUCAAUUCAUUGGGAAAUUUCUCACACAUCAUCCAUUCAUCCACAGAGGUGUUCUGAAUGAAUACUGGCUAAUGAAGGAAGCCAUUGAUGCUGCCCAAGAGAACAGUAUCAGUGUCACGGAAUCUGAAUCUUACCAGGGAACGAGUCUGAAACUUGUUCGUGACGAGAAUUUUGUUGAGAAUUUCAAAGUGUCGAUUAUUUGUUUGCCCUUGUUGAUAACGACCAUUGGUGCUGUUGUUUCAAACAAGAGAGAAGAUGCUGCAAUCUUGUAUGAAAUAUCAAGAAGAUGCAUCCACGUCUAUUUGGAGAGUCGGAAAAAGCUGAGAACUUGUGGCGGCGUUGGUGGUAUUGGUUUGUCCGCAUCUGUGACUGAAUCAUCACCUCUUUGGCUGAUCCAAAGUCUUACACUAAGUGUUAUUUAUGGUCUCUUUGCUGAUGAGGAAAUUUCGUUGUCUGUUAUCAUCAGACAGGUCCAUGCAUUAAAUGCCUUGAUCAAAUCAUCGGGAAUAAACCAAUUGCGAGUUCCGGACAAGAUCAACAGUGAUUAUAAAUCAUUUAUUAACCAUGAGUCGACUAUCCGCACUAUUCACAUGAUUUUCCAUGUAUCUACGUUGCUUUCGACAUUGUACAAUAUUGUUCCUUCGUUGAACAUAUCUGAUUUGAACACGGAUUUACCAAGUGCCAGUUUAUUAUGGGAAUGUUCAAGUGCAGAAGAAUAUUCCAAGUUAAUUGAGAAUUUUGAUUUCCAUGCUAAAAAUUUUAAAGAGGUUAUAAGAGAACUUGUUAAACUUGACUUAGACCAGGUAGACCCCAACACUGGGUUGGUUGACAACCGGAAUUUUUUACUUGACUACCAUGUGAGUGAGUUUGGGUUGAUAUGUCUACAAAAUGGGCUGCACCAAUUGGUAUACUUCAAGCAGCUGAGCAACGAGGAUGAUCCAAAUGAUAAACAAGUGAAUGAUAAUGUUGCCAAUCUUGGAAAAUGUAUUUUGGCGGAUGUCGGUGAAGGUGCUGAUAUUACCAUUGAGAAGAUACGUAAGAUUGGAGAAGUUUGGAAUCUAUUAGUGAAGGCGUGCGUUCUUUACAACAAAUCGAGUGAGGUGUACAAUGAUUGCAAGAUAUUGAACCAUUACUUGAAUCUUAAGCUGAGUUCAAUAGUUAGUUUGAACAAGAUCAAGGAGAGCGUUUGGCUAAAGUCAUUCUCGGAUAUAAACGAGCAGUACAUUGCGUGUUUCAAUUACGGCGAUGACGAGUUGAAAGAUCAGCAUUUCCAGACCGAGUUGAUACACUUGAUUGAAAACUCGAUCAACAUUUUGAAGUUGCUCGCCUCUUCUUCUUCGAGCGACAUAUCGCCGGAGGACAAAGAGGAGUUGGCGAACAGCUACAACUACAACAGCUUGAACAAGAUCAACUUGAAUGUGUUGCACAAGUUGAGCAUCGACUCGCAGAUUCUCUUCGACGUGAUAUUGAUCAUCGUCAAGUUCUUGACAAACUACGAGAACUUCUUCAAGAUCCGCAUGAAGUUCAACAACCUCACGAACUACACCUUCCUACAACAUUUCGAGAUGAGCUCGGCGAUUUUCCUGAGCGAGCGAGGCGAAGGCGCCGGAGACGACAACGACGGUGUUGAGGAGGCGUUGCAGAGGUUCGACAAGGUGUUGUUCAAAUACUACCUCAAGUUCUUCAAGAUAUUUUUGAACUUGGAGCAGUUUUUGAAGCACAACUACAACUACGAGGACUUUGAGACCGGCCAGGCCGGCGACUUUGCCGGCGUGGAGAUUGACCGCGUGCUGCGGGAGAGCCACAACAAGUUCCGGGAGGAGGAGCGCACGUUGAACGACAUUGUUUCCGACGAGUUGGUUGUGUUCCACGACCGCGACUUGAUCAUGAGCGAGCUGGUGAACUUCAAGUUGCCGUUCAAGUUCUUGAAGAUGGGCGGCUUUUUGUUUGGCUUCAUCUACGACAAGAACUUCAAGUUUGUCAACUUCAAGCACUUGAGCGACGUCUUGUUCCACUUGCGGAUCUUCCUCGAGAGCAAGGACGAGUACGUG